ACAGGGACAAGAGGUCCCUCCCACUCCUACUGUGUCUCACCCUGCCUUUCCUUUGCACCCAUUUCCCUCUGUCUGCCUUCUCAGUACAGCCAAAUAUAAAGGGGUAAGGUUUCACCAACAUUUCAUAGGCGUGGAUAUGGCAAACAGGUUCCCAAUCUCAUCAGAUGGACAGGAGCCAGCUAAUCUCCGUGACCUGAAUGAGCCUCUUGUUGAUCACUCGGAGGGCCAACUCUUCUUGAAUGAAGCCUUCAGAAUUAUUAUGGAGGAGGUGCUCUGCAAGGGCACCGACGUCAAGCAAAAGGUUUGUGAGUGGAGAGAGCCGGAGGAGCUGACCCGGAUUCUGGAUCUGGAGCUGAGGGCGACGGGGGAGCCACAACACAGCCUCCUACAGAGAGUCAAAGAUGUCGCCAAGUACAGCAUCAAGACAAGUCACCCACGUUUUUUUAAUCAGCUGUUUGCAGGAGUGGACUAUCAUGCCCUGGCUGGCAGAUUCCUCACUGAGGCUCUCAACACUAACCUCUUCACCUAUGAGGUGGCCCCGGUGUUUGUGCUGAUGGAGGCUGAGGUUCUGAGAGGAAUGAGGCAGCUGGUUGGCUGGACGGAAGGUGACGGUCUUUUCUGCCCAGGGGGUUCUACCUCCAACAUGUACGCCAUGAACCUCGCACGCUACCGACUCUUCCCAGAUGUCAAAAGCCAGGGGCUGUGGGGUUUGCCAAGACUAACCAUCUUUACAUCUCUAGAGAGCCACUACUCUGUGAAGAAAGGGGCUGCCUUUCUGGGCAUUGGGACAGACAAUGUCAUCUUGGUGGAAGUGGAUGAUGGAGGCCACAUGAUUCCAGAGGACCUGGAUGAAAAGAUAAAGCUGGUAAAAUCUCAGGGUGCAGAGCCGUUCCUUGUAAGCUGCACAUCAGGGACCACAGUGCAGGGUGCGUUUGACCCACUGGACCAAAUAGCGGAUGUCUGUGAGAAACACAAGCUCUGGAUGCACGUAGACGCUGCCUGGGGAGGGAGCGUGCUCUUUUCCAAGCAACACAGACAUCUGAUGAAAGGGGUUCACAGAGCAAAUUCAGUAGCCUGGAAUCCACACAAGAUGCUGGUGGCUGGCCUGCAGUGUUCUGCUUUGCUGCUACAGGAUACCACGAACUUGUUGAGGAAGUGCCACAGUGCCAACGCCACAUACCUCUUCCAGCAAGACAAAUUCUAUGAUGUGAAUCUGGAUGUCGGGGAUAAGUCAGUACAGUGCAGCCGCAAGGUUGACUGUCUGAAGUUCUGGUUGAUGUGGAAAGCCGUUGGCUCCAUUGGCUUUGCGGAGCGAGUGGACAAAGCUUUUAUCCAUGCAAGAUAUCUGGUGGAGCAGAUGAAGAAAAGAGAAGGGUUUCAUCUUUUGCGCGAGCCAGAGUUUGUGAAUGUAUGCUUCUGGUUUAUACCACCAAGUAUGAGGGGGAAGGAAGGGAAUGCAGAUUACCAGGACCGACUAGCAAAAGUAGCUCCAGUCAUCAAGGAACGCAUGAUGAAACAAGGCACUAUGAUGGUGGGCUACCAACCUUUGAGAGAAAAAGUCAACUUUUUCCGCAUGGUUGUUUUCUCACCGCUGGUUUCCCAGAAAGAUAUGGACUUCAUCCUUGACGAAAUCGAAAGACUGGGAAAUGACUUGUAAACAAAACUUGUAAGAUGUGUAACUCUUGUCUAUCAAGAAUUCAAGGUUACGCACAAAGCCUGCCAUUAAUGACACAAACUACCUAACUGUACCAACUCCUGUGGGAACUUAGACAGCUGUGAUAAUAUAAGAGCUACUAAACUGUGAAAUCUGAGGACAAUGGACCAGAAUAUGAAUUAAUAAAUCAACAAAUAAAGAGUCCUUAUUCUUGAUAACUGUGAAGAAAAUAAAAGAAUAAAGACUUUAUUUUAAUUUAAUUGAUUUUAUGGCCUUUAUUUGAAACAUUUCUAGUGAAUUAAACAACUGUUCUGAAA